AUGUCAUACAGAGCAUAUCGUCGAGGUGGCCGCGGUGGCAGAGGUGGCAGAGGUGGCAGAGGUGGCAGAGGAAGAGGCAGUGGCCCAAGGACCGAACCCAUACCACAACAGCACGGGACCGAACCCAGACCACUACAGUACAGGACCGAACCCAGAACACAACAAGACGUUAACCAAGAAGGCCAAGAAAGAUCACGGCAGCUGGAUAGUUUCUUCUACAAAGUUCUUGAAGGAACUUGGCAGUUGCACUCAGCGUCGGACUCUCACCGCUUCAUAGAGUCUAUUUGUAAUAGGACUGACAAGUCCGAUUGUAUUGAGCGGCUAGCUUCAUCUCAUAGCGGCCAAAGAGCUCUUCAUGAAGCUGUGACGCUAGACACCUCCGUCAGUUUCAUCAACACUUGGGUAUCGAAACUUCUGGACCUGCUAUCCGAACCAGAGCUCAAGAGAUUAUGCAACGGUGAACUUCUGAAACAAGUGCUCUGGAAUAUAGUCGAUCCACCACUGUUCUGGGACGCCUUGAUAGCACACAUCGAAGCCAAAGCUCUGGAUGUCAAAGCAAGUGAAGGCUUCGCCUGGCUACUCUUGCAGAUCGUACUCCUGCCAGUCGACCAAUCCGAUCCGUUCCGCAAAGUGCAAUUUCUUGUGACUCAACCAUCAUCACCUUCGAACAGUGCAGAAAUGGUCGAACACGGCCCUGGUGGUCGGCAUGAUAACGAUUUUAUCAAUUACCAUGAUAUCAGUAUCCUGCCUACAAAGGCUGAGCUUGAGUCUCCAGAGAAGCCGUUCAUCCGCAAUGCAUCUGCACUGAUGAAUGAGGAUAUGGGAAGGCGAGCAAAUCUCCACCUUGACAAUCAAUUUCGGCUUCUCAGGGAGGACAUGCUGGAGGAGGUGCGAGAUGACCUCAAAUACACGAAGGGCGACAAGCCAAGUAAGGCUAAGAGAACUUUAUUAAUCAAUGGUCUACACUUAAGAGACAUCGAUCAAGGUUCUUUGGAGAACGAACGGCCUUGUAGCCUCAUUCUCAGCUGCUCGACAGAUUUCCUGAACAUGCCCGGUGCGAGUGUUGAGAAGAGGAAAAAAAUACUGAAAGACACGCCGGCAUUUCUCAAGCACCAAAGUUUUGGGUGCAUCAUGGUCAACAAAACACCUUUGGGAUUCGCGACAGUGAUUAGAAACGAAGAUCUACUGGCAUGCAUCAUGCCGUGCCUCUGUCUUCUUGUUCUCGACCAAGAAUCUCUCCACAAUAUCCUCUAUGCUCUCCAUAAUGGCCCAGUUGACUUUCUUCAAGUACCAACUCCUUUAUUCGCCUACGAACCUAUCCUGGAGCGACUGCAGAAAAAAGUCGACAUUGAACUAGAACACGACGUCUUGGGAUAUUCUGACGUGCUACGACGCUCACCAUUUAUUCCAGAAGCAAUUGUGGCGGGUCUGGAGGAAAUUGACGCUGGGACGGAUGUCGAAAAGAUUCUGUGUACUUCGAAGCAGGUCUGUCUUGACAAGUCACAAGUCAAAGCUUUGAAAACGGCCCUUACUUACCAAGUAGCAUGUAUCCAAGGGCCACCAGGUACUGGCAAAUCUUUUGUAGGAGCCUUGUUGGCACAUGUUUUGCUUCAAAAUACAAAGGAGAGAAUCAUGAUUCUAGCCUAUACAAACCAUGCACUAGAUCAAUUUCUCGAGGAUCUCAUGGACAUUGGCAUUCCAUCAGACUACAUUGUCAGGUUGGGGUCGAAAUCCACAACUCGUACAAUGCCUCUACUUCUACGGAAUCAGGUUCUCAGCACCCAACACAAGUCGCGAACUCGUUGGGAAUUGAUCAACUACGAGAGGGAUGAAUUAAAGAUCGUAGUAGAGAAAGUUCAACAGUCUUUCGAGAUUUACUUGAACGGCCGCACAAAUCUCAAACAGGUAUUGUUACAUAUUGAAUUUCACGACCGAGAUAGGCAUUAUUAUGAUGCAUUUCUCGUCCCUGAGGCUGAGGUGGGCCACACGAUCGUUGGAAAAGGUGGUAAGCAAGUUAGCGAUACUGCCCUUUUACAGCGAUGGGUCAAGGGCAAAAGUGCCGGCGCUCUUGCCCAUCAGCUGUCACAAAGCGUGCUCGAAGGCAUCUGGCAAAUGGAUCGCACGUCGCGUAAAGCCAAAGAGACGCAGUGGAGAGAAGAGAUACACCACAAAAGAGUUGCAGCGCUGACCAAGAACUUGAACAAGUACAACAAACUUCAGAAGAAACUCCAGGGUCUUCACAGGCAAAAAGACGAGCAUAUUCUGCGCUCCAAGCGCGUAAUAGGCUGUACCACUACGGCAGCGUCGAUGUACGCACAGGAGAUACAAGCUGCUGGUCCCGGCAUCAUCAUCGUCGAAGAAGCUGGCGAGAUACUAGAAAGUCACAUUCUUGCCGCCAUGGGUCCAAGCACCAAGCAACUAAUUCAGAUCGGUGAUCACAAACAGUUGAGGCCAAAGGUAAAGAACUACAAACUCACCGUUGAAUCUGGUAGAGGUUUCGACUUAAACAGGUCAAUGUUCGAGAGACUAGUUCUCCAAGGUCGUGCUCAUUGCACUUUACUAAACCAGCAUAGAAUGAGACCAGAGAUAUCUGAGCUUAUCCGGCACAAUUACCCUGAUCUGCAGGACGCAAAGGGAACUAUGAACCGUCCUCACCUACGUGGCUUUCAGGGAGACGUCGUCUUCGUGAAUCACAGUUACCAUGAGGCAAAGCACAACCUUCUUGCCGACAAACUCGACGAGAACGCCAAGUCUAGUAAACAAAAUAGAUUUGAAGCAGAAAUGGUUUUGAAGUGCGUUCGAUAUCUGGGCCAGCAGGGUUAUCGAACGACUGAUCUGGUCAUCUUGACCCCUUACUUGGGACAACUCUCACUUCUCAAGGACUAUCUCAACAAAGAUCAUGAUCCAGUCUUGAGCGACUUGGACUCUCAUGACUUGGUCCAAGCUGGCUUAGUCCCAGCUGCCAGCGCGAAGGUGAAUAGGAUGCCGAUACGGUUGUCUACCAUCGAUAACUAUCAAGGCGAAGAGCGCGAUAUUGUUGUGGUGUCCUUGACCCGCAGCAAUGAUGAUGGCGAGAUUGGGUUUAUGCGAGCCCCAGAGCGUCUCAAUGUCCUCUUAUCUCGCGCAAGGAACGCCCUCGUCAUGAUUGGAAACGCCGAGACGUUUAUGAACGCCAAGAACGGUCGCGAAGAGUGGACACGUUUGUUCGACAAUUUGAAGAAGAGAGCGGAAAUUUUCGAUGGGUUUCCUCUUUGUUGUCAAAAGCAUCCCAACACUGCGAUCGUUGCAAAAACUCCCACCGACUUCGAUCUGCACUGCCCCGAUGGCGGUUGCGCAUUGCCAUGCUCUGAAAUGCUCUCCUGUGGACAGCAUCAAUGCCCACAGCGGUGUCAUAUUUUGGUAGAUCAUUCCAGUAUGCCGUGUACAGCCAUCAUCACCGACUUUUGCCAACAGAAACACAACAUCACCUGGAAUUGUUGCCAGCAAAAGCCUGCGUGCCAAGAAUGCCGCAUCAUAGAUGAGCAGCGUCGUGAGAAAGCGCAGAGAAACAAAGCCCUUGAGGAUAGAAGACAAGCAAAUCAAUUUGCUUACGCUAGAAAACUCAAAGAACUACAAGAAAAGAUUACUCAGCAAAGGCAAGUAGCCAAAGAUCGCCAAGACGAAGCCAACAGGGAAUCAAUUUUAGAGCAGCAGCGUAAGGAGCUGGCAACGCUGACCGAGGAGAACCACGUGCCGAAGAGGAACUUGUCCUCGAAGGCCAAUGGCAAUGAGUCCAAAUCAGAGCGCCAGUCCACUACAGAAGACUCAAAAGGUUCUUGCGAGCCUUCGCCUGUAAUCCCUCUCAAGCCGGUGUCUCCACGGGAAAGCUAUGAAUCCUCCAAGUCGGGCUCUGACCUCUCGGAAGAAAAUGACCAAGACAUGAUCCCGGAAGGCGCUCCAUUCCUGAGGAAGCAAUCAGCUGCUGAGCAAGACUGGCAAUAUCAGAAGGACUAUCAGAAUGUUUCGAAUGAAGCUCUGGACUCGCUGAUGUCUAUGAUCGGGCUCGAAAGUGUGAAAAAGGAAUUUCUCAGGAUCAAGGCGAAGGUGGACACGGUCGUCCGUCAGGGCGCCGAUCUCAAAGAUGAGCGAUUCUCCUCUGCCUUGCUGGGGAAUCCAGGAACUGGCAAAACAACCGUGGCAAGGCUUUAUGCCAAGUUCCUCUCUUCUGUUGGCGCCAUUCCCGGAGACCACUUCGAGGAGACUACAGGUUCGCGCUUAGCUAACGACGGCAUUCAAGGUUGCCAAGCUCUGAUCGAUGAGAUCCUCAAGAACGGGGGUGGCGUCUUCUUCCUCGACGAGGCCUACCAGAUCGUCUCUGGGAGUUCUAUGGGUGGCAGACAGGUUCUUGAUUUCCUGCUGGCCGAAAUUGAGAACCUCGCCGGACAAGUCGUGUUUAUCUUCGCCGGGUACCGCAAGCAGAUGGAAGAUUUCUUCACACACAACCCCGGUAUCCCGAGCCGUGUCCCAAUCAGCCUCGAUUUCCAGGAUUAUGAGGACGAAGAGUUGCUGAGAAUCUUCAAUUAUUCAUUGGAUAAAAGGUACAAUGGUCGCAUGCAGGUUGAGAAGGGGCCACAAGGUCGCUUCAUGCGCAUUGUUGCUCGUCGAAUCGGUCGUGGCCGAGGCCGAGAAGGCUUUGGCAAUGCUCGGGAAGUACAAAAUGUGCUGUCAGGGCUUCUAGGCCGACAGGCGGAACGACUGCAACGAGAAAGACGUGCUGGACAAACCCCUGACGACAUGCUGCUCACGCAAGUCGACCUCAUAGGCCCUCCACCCAACAAAGCACUGCAAUCACACAAAGAUUGGAAAGAGCUCCAGAAGAUGAUUGGCUUGAAGUCUGUUAAGCAAUCUGUCCAAGUUCUCGUUGAUCGUCUACAGACCAACUACGACAGAGAACUCAGGGAACAACCGCCGAUUGAAUGCUCUCUCAACAAAUGCUUCCUCGGUAAUCCGGGAACGGGCAAGACGACCGUAGCCAAGCUCUACGGUGGCAUACUAAAAGCUGUGGGUCUUCUGAGCAACGGUGAGGUUGUGAUCAAGAAUCCCGCAGACUUUGUGGGCGGCGCUCUGGGUCAAUCGGAGAAGAACGCCAAAGCGAUCCUUGACAGCACCAAAGGCAAGGUGCUGAUCAUCGACGAAGCAUAUAUGCUUGCCGGCGGAGGUGUUGCGGACCCCUACAAGACAGCUGUCAUCGACACCAUCGUUGCCGAAGUUCAGAGUACUGCUAAUGAGGAUCGAUGUGUGCUCUUGUUGGGUUACAAAGAGCAGAUGGAAGACAUGUUCCGAAAAGUGAACCCAGGCCUCAGCAGACGUUUUCCAAUCGCAUCGGGUUUUCAUUUUGACGAUUACGAUGAUGAAGAGCUCGGCCAGAUCCUAGACCUCAAGCUAAGGAAACAGGGCCUGCGUGCAGGGGAGCGCGCCAAAAAGGUGGUACUCGAGGUUCUAGAGCGCGAGAGACACAAACCCAACUUUGGCAAUGCUGGUGCUGUCGAUAUCGUUCUCAACGACGCCAAGGAUCGCCAGCAGAGGCGCCUGUCAGAAAAACAAGGGACCAAGGGCGCCGAUGUGCUCAUUGCGGAGGACAUCGACCCAGACUAUGACAGGGGUGAGCGUGGCACCACAAAUAUCCCGCUGCUCUUCCAGGGUGUUUUCGGGUGCGAGGAUAUCGUCAAGCAACUUCAUGGUUAUCAGCAAGUGGCCGCGAAUAUGAAGGCCAAUGAUAUGGAUCCUCGUGAAGUUAUACCCUUCAGCUUCCUUUUCCGUGGACCGCCAGGAACUGGUAAGACGUCGACCGCUCGGAAGAUGGGCAAGAUCUACUACGACAUGGGCUUCCUCGGUGACGCGACUGUAAUCGAGUGUUCCGCGACCGACAUCAUCGGUGAAUACGUGGGGCAAACCGGACCUAAGGUUCAGAAGAAGUUCGACGAGGCUCUUGGAAAGGUCCUGUUCAUCGACGAGGCCUACCGUCUGGCGGAGGGCCACUUCGCCAAAGAGGCCAUGGAUGAGAUUGUGGACUGUCUCACAAAAGAGCGUUACCAGCACAAGUUGAUCGUCAUCCUUGCGGGAUACGACAAUGACAUCAACCGUCUGAUGACGCAGAACCCCGGACUGACGAGGCGUUUCCCCGACGCGAUCACGUUUUCGAAUCUAUCGCCUCAACAUUGCCGCGAUCUGCUGGUGCAAUGCUUGAGGCAGAAGAAACUCGAUGUCAGCCAGCUCGAAGCAUCCCCCGGCUUCGAUAUGAGUACCUCGAGUAGGUUCAAAGCCCUUUGCAAAACGCCAUCUUGGGGCAACGCGGGCGAUGUGGAGACACUUGCCAAGAACAUAUUUUCUUCCAUCAUGAAAUCCAAAGGUGCCUCGAAGCUUGUACAUGAGCAUCUAGUCAUUGAUGCUAUGGAUAUCAUGAUCAAAGAACGGGUCGCCAGGGGUGCGGGCAUGGCAGAAUUCGUGACACCAGUGACUUCUUGGCCCUUGAUGGAGCAAGAGUCGUCAAAGUAUAGGCCAUCACCUAACUCCUUCUCGACGAAAAUCGAAACCAUCACGGAACAAGAAGACGAGCCUUCCUGCCCGGACGACAAGUCCGAUUCCCCUGACAAGCCACCUCCAGGCCUCCCAAGCCUACGCGACGCAGGUGUCUCGGACGAUGUCUGGGCUCAGCUCGAGCUUGACAAAGCGGCCGAGCAGCAGCGGCAUCAUAAUCUUCAGGCCGCGCGCAAGAAAUCCGCAGACGCAGAGAAGAAGAUGCGAGACAAAAGCGAGCAGAUCAAAUCCCAGUCUGAGGCAGACCCGUCGCGUCUUGAAGCCCUCCGUGCCCUCGAGGCAAUGCGGUUGGAAUUAAACGAGGCCCUUAUCGAGCAAAAGAGACAGGAAGAACGGUUGAAAAGGAUGAUGGCGGUCAAGAUGAAGAUCAAGAAAAUGGGAUGCUGUCCAAUGGGCUUUGAAUGGAUUGAACAAGCGAGUGGCUUCAGGUGUGCUGGUGGAAGUCAUUUCAUGAGCAACAAAGAACUGGGCCUCGAGGACUAA